AUGGCCUUCCUGAAAGCCAUCAAGUGCUUCAAGUCACGUGCCAAAGUGCUUCCUGAGACCAUGUACCGAGUGCACCUGGAAAGUGAGGGUCCCUACGGCCUGAUGCUCUGUGGACAUGAGACCAUCCAGUGUUUGGUGAUCGUGAGCAUUCAGAAGUCCAAAGCGGUGAAAGCUUGGAACAGCGACCAUCCUCAUUGUCGCAUUGAAGAGGGACAUAGCCUGAUGGAAGUCAACGGCCACACGGAGCCGAAGCAAAUGUUGGACGAGCUCCGCCGAGCGAAGGCCGUGGAUCUCCUCGUCUCCGCGGAGCCCAACGCGCAGCAGCUCUCGGUCUUCCGAGCAGCACGCGCGCUGAAGCUGAAGUCCGAUGCCGUGGACACAUUUCUGGAAGAAGUCACGUCCUGUGACGUGGAACCCUGUUCCAUUUGUCAUGAGGAGAUGUGCUGCCACAACACACACACAGCGCAGCACGCAGCGCAGCACGCAGCUGCUGUGGUGCGCUUGCCCUGUGGUCAUCACUUCCAUCAGAAGUGUGUCAAGAAAUGGUUGGUCGGAGGGCGAGGUGAUCCCCGCUGUCCCUUGUGCAACCGGAUCUUCGAGGUGGCUUGCUGA